CUGCUUCUUUUUUUUAUUUGCUAUUUUCUUGCUUGCUUGGAUCGGUUUAGAUUUGGCCUUUUUUUUUUUGUGUUUUAGGCUUAAUACUUGUUUGUUUGCUGAGAAAAUAGAGAAAGUGAAGAAAAGUUUCUAAUUCUGACAAUUCUUUGCUAUGAAAUUUCUUUAAUUAUUUAUUUCUUUAUUGUUUAGAUUACUUAAAUUGUUUCUUGUAAUUUUUAAACGGUCAAAUGGAAAGUUUGAAAAGGAGUAGUGCAAUUAUAUGAAGCUUGCGGUUUUGAUUGAAGAUUUCAACGAAUUUUAAGUUAAUAUUGGAUCCAGGAUUUAAAUUUGCUGAAGGCUUAUAUGAAGUUGUGAUGUUUCCCACUGUUUAAUAGAUAGUAAAUUCUAGUUGUGAUAGUUGAAGCUUUAACCAUCUUUAUGCUUUGAGCUUGUUAAUGGCAACCGCGGAUUGAAGAGCACUGGGGUGUGUGUCUUAAACAAUGGUCCCCGCCAUUUGCAUUGCCUGGAUAAGUUCUCAAGUGGGGUCUUGUAUUAAAGCUAGAUAGAACUUUUGGUGAAAACUGAAAAAAAGUUCAUGGGUUCUCCUACUUCUGAUCCUAUCGGAUAUGCUGAUGUAAAUUCGGGAAACAAUGGUGUAACCAGCUUAAGCGUCCCUGAAAAUGGUGAUUCAGGGGGAAAGGUUGUUGAGAAAAUUGAAAAUGGUGUUGCUGAUUCUGAUCAGGCGAAUGAGGAUUCACCAUAUAUUGGGAAUGCUAUUUUGGUUGAGGACAGGCCUUCUGUGGGUGAUGAGGACGUGGACUCUGCAGCAACACCAUUACCUUCGGUCUCAAAGUCUAACAUCGGUUGCAGGUGGAGUGACAUAACAUCCUAUGCCACAAAAAAGAAAGUUCAGUCUUGGUUUCAACUUCCAAGUGGGAAUUGGGAGCUGGGGAGGAUAAUGUCAACUUCAGGGAUAGAGUCUAUUAUUUCUCUUCCUGAUGGGAAAAUUUUAAAGGUGAAUUCUGAUAGCUUGAUACCUGCAAAUCCUGAUAUCCUUGAUGGUGUGGAUGAUCUCAUGCAACUUAGUUUUUUAAAUGAGCCAUCAGUGUUGUUCAAUCUCCAGUAUAGAUACAAUCAAGAUAUGAUAUAUACAAAAGCAGGACCAGUUUUGGUUGCUAUCAAUCCUUUUAAAAAAGUUUCUUUAUAUGGAAAUUAUUAUAUUGAAGCAUACAAGAACAAAUCCAUUGAGAGCCCGCAUGUCUAUGCGAUUGCAGACACAGCCAUCCGGGAAAUGACACGAGAUGAAGUAAAUCAAUCUAUCAUCAUAAGUGGUGAGAGUGGAGCUGGAAAAACUGAGACAGCAAAGAUAGCAAUGCAAUAUUUGGCAGCUCUUGGUGGUGGGAGUGGAAUAGAGGAUGAAAUAUUGAAGACCAAUCCCAUCUUAGAAGCAUUUGGUAAUGCAAAAACAUUAAGAAAUGACAACUCAAGCCGUUUUGGAAAGUUGAUUGAAAUCCACUUUAGUGAAACUGGAAAAAUAUCUGGGGCCAAGAUUCAAACUUUUUUACUAGAGAAGUCUAGAGUGGUCCAAUGUGCCGAGGGAGAAAGGUCUUAUCAUAUAUUUUAUCAGCUUUGUGCUGGUGCUCCUCGUGCUCUCAGAGAGAAGCUAAAUUUGAAGGAUGUGGAUGAUUAUAAAUAUUUGAAGCAGAGUAAUUGCUAUUCUAUUGCUGGGGUUGAUGAUGCUGAACAAUUUCGCAUUGUUAAGGAAGCUUUGGAUGUUGUCCAUGUUAGCAAAGAAGACCAAGAGAGUGUCUUCGCAAUGCUUGCUGCAGUACUGUGCCUGGGAAAUGUCUCAUUUGCCAUGAUUGAUAAUGAAAACCAUGUUGAAGCUGUGGCAGAUGAAAGUCUAAUCAAUGUUGCUAAGUUGAUUGGAUGUGACACUGCAGACCUUAAUCUGGCUUUAUCAACUCGCAAAAUGAGAGUUGGUAAUGAUAAUAUUGUCCAAAAACUAACACUAUCACAGGCUGUUGACACAAGAGAUGCCUUGGCAAAAUCAAUUUAUGCUUGUUUGUUUGAGUGGCUGGUGGAACAAAUUAACAAAUCACUGGCCGUUGGCAAGUGGCGAACUGGCAGAUCUAUCAGCAUUCUUGAUAUUUAUGGCUUUGAAUCAUUUGAUAGGAAUAGUUUUGAGCAGUUCUGCAUUAAUUAUGCAAAUGAGAGAUUGCAGCAGCACUUUAAUCGUCAUUUAUUCAAGUUGGAGCAGGAGGAAUAUAUCCAAGAUGGCAUUGACUGGGCAAAAGUUGAUUUUGAUGAUAACCAAGAUUGUCUUACUCUUUUUGAAAAGAAACCUUUGGGAUUAUUGUCUCUGUUAGAUGAGGAGUCCACUUUUCCAAAUGGCACUGACUUCACAUUUGCCAACAAGCUCAAGCAGCAUUUGAAUUCCAAUUCUUGUUUUAGAGGAGAGCGAGAAAAAGCUUUCACUGUCUCUCAUUUUGCAGGAGAGGUUACAUAUGACACAACUGGAUUUCUAGAGAAGAACAGAGACUUACUGCACCUGGAUUCAAUUCAACUACUGUCCUCGUGUUCAUGCCACCUUCCUCAGACAUUUGCAUCAAAUAUGCUUAACCAAUCUGGAAAGCCUGUGGUGGGUCCUUUACAUAAAGCUGGUGGUGCAGAUUCUCAAAAGUUAAGUGUUGCAACAAAGUUUAAGAGUCAACUCUUCCAACUAAUGCAACGUCUAGAGAGCACUACUCCACAUUUCAUACGUUGUAUAAAGCCCAACAACUUUCAGUCUCCUGGAUCAUAUGAGCAAGGACUUGUUUUGCAGCAGCUGAGAUGUUGUGGUGUCCUAGAGGUUGUUCGUAUAUCACGGUCUGGCUUUCCGACCAGAAUGUCUCACCAGAAGUUUGCCAAAAGGUAUGGUUUUCUUCUACUGGAAAAUGUUGCCUCUCAGGAUCCGCUUAGUGUUUCAGUUGCAAUUCUUCAUCAAUUCAACAUUUUGCCUGAGAUGUAUCAAGUUGGCUACACAAAAUUGUUUUUCCGUACUGGGCAGAUUGGGGCUCUUGAGGAUACAAGGAAUCAUACACUUCAUGGUAUUUUACGUGUUCAAAGCUGCUUCAGAGGGCACCAAGCUCGCAGCCACUUUAAGGAGCUUCAAAGAGGAACUGCUACCCUUCAGUCAUUUGUCAGAGGACAGAAAACCAGGAAAGAAUUUGCUGUCUUACUGCAGAGACAUAGAGCUGCUGUUGUUAUACAAAAGCAGAUUAAAGGCAGGAAUGCUAGGAAAACAUUCAAGAACAUUAAUAAUGCUUCACUUGUGAUACAAUCAGUAAUUCGUGGCUGGUUGGUCAGAAGAUGCUCUGGAGAUAUAGGAUUAGUCAAAUCUGGGGCCUCUAAGGCAAAUGAAUCAGAUGAGGUGCUGGUCAAGUCAUCAUUUCUCGCUGAACUGCAGCGCCGAGUUCUUAAAGCUGAGGCUGCUCUGAGGGAGAAAGAAGAGGAAAAUGACAUCCUCCACCAGCGGCUCCAACAAUAUGAAAGCCGUUGGUCUGAGUAUGAGCUAAAAAUGAAUUCCAUGGAAGAAGUGUGGCAGAAACAAAUGAGGUCACUGCAAUCCAGUCUCUCCAUUGCAAAGAAGAGCCUAGCAGUUGAUGAGUCUGAGAGAAAUUCAGAUGCAUCAGUUAAUGCAAGUGAUGAUAGAGAGUAUAGCUGGGAUACAGGAAGCAAUCAUAAGGGUCCUGAGAGCAAUGGUUUGAGACCGAUUGGUGCAGGUUUGAGUGUUAUAAGUCGGUUGGCAGAGGAAUUUGAGCAGAGGAGUCAAGUUUUUGGUGAUGAUGCCAAGUUCUUGGUGGAAGUAAAAUCAGGACAGGUUGAAGCAAGCCUGAACCCAGAUCGUGAGCUUAGAAGGUUGAAGCAGAUGUUUGAAACUUGGAAGAAGGAUUAUGCAGCAAGAUUACGAGAAACAAAAGUGAUCUUGAAUAAACUUGGAAAUGAAGAAGGUGCACUUGACAAGGUGAAAAAGAAGUGGUGGGGAAGGAGGAACAGCACAAGCCAACGAGAAGACGAUCAUGAACACCCUUCUGAAGCAUUGUCCUCAGUGGCAGGAGGGGUAGUUGCAUUGGGAAAGUUUGACGCUCUUCACAUCGGCCAUCGAGAACUUGCAAUUCAAGCAUCAAAGGUUGGAACUCCAUAUCUUUUGUCAUUUGUAGGAAUGGCAGAAGUCCUUGGUUGGGAGCCUAGGCCUCCUAUAGUUGCCCAAUGUGAUCGUAAGCGUGUUCUUUCCUCUUGGGCUCCAUAUUGUGGUAAUGUGGCUCCCAAGGAAUUCCAAGUACAAUUUAUGAGUGUUAGACAUCUUACACCAAGGCAGUUUGUGGAGAAGUUAGCGAAGGAGCUUGGAGUAUGCGGAGUUGUGGCAGGUGAAAACUAUCGGUUUGGCUAUAAGGCUGCUGGUGAUGCUUCAGAAUUGGUGAGGCUAUGUGAUGAGUUUGGUAUGGGUGCUUACAUAAUAAAUUCUGUCAUGGACAGGCACCAAGAUGCCAGAAAUAUGAACUGUUGUGAUUUAAAAGAGAGAGGACAAGUUUCUUCUACUCGUGUUCGACAUGCUCUAGCUGAAGGUGACAUGAAAUAUGUGUCAGAUCUUCUAGGCCGCCAACAUCGUUUGUUAUUGGUGGUGAAAGACUGGGAAAGCUCAACUAUUACUAGCAGAAAACAUAGGGUGUCAGCUCCAAAAUCUUCUUUGCUAAAUCUACCACCAAAAGAUGGUUUUUACGAGAACUGUUCUCUUUUAUUUGGGGAACAAAAACCAGUAACAUGUAGAGUAUCUAUUGAUAAAACACAUAUCCAUCUAGAGGUGAAUCAGGUAGAUUUUUGUGAUUAUGAUUACUCUCAAAACUCCCAGAUCUUGGGUAUUGAAUUUGGUGAAUUAGGAGUUAAUUGUGUUUAGUAUACGUGUCAAUUAUUAAGUUAAUUUCAGGAAAGUAUUUCAUGGGUGAGGAUUUUCAUCCAUGUUUUAAAGCAUUUAGCAUAUAUAACUUCCCCAUAUGAGAGGGGCCUGUAUUUUUUUUUAUCAAUUAAAUUAUAUUUGUAUAUUGCAGAAGAAUA